AGUUACCUUUCCUAGGCGGGGCGACAAUCCAAAUGUAUGGAUGUUUUCUAUGUGAACAGUACAGAAUAGUAACAUUUGCUUCUCAGUAUGAAAAUACCUGUGUAAAUGAAGUUGUUAGUAUGGAAAAAUUGUAUAAUAUAACAUGUAACUGUUUAACUCUGAUCAUGUGGAUGACUAUGUGUCACUCAAAAACUAAAACAUAGGAUGUAGUUUAAAGAGAUUAACUUGAUGGGACUUACUUAAAUGUGAUUGAGGAUUUUGUUAACUCAUUCAUUCCCUUCUUUUCUCGUAGGGUCUUACAAUGGCCUCAGCGAGAAAGAAGAGGUCCAACAAAUAUCUGGACUUGGAAUACUUAAACAGACCUAGCUGGGUAAAUGCCAAAGUUGCAUACAAACAAGUGAAAAAGGGCAAAGCAGAUGGAAAUAAAUAUGCAUUAUGGGUUAGAAAAAAUAUCCAGAGAUAUUUAUACAGUAUUGGAUGUUUUAUACAAUUACACUGUGGAAAAGUUUUAUUCGUCGGAAUUCUUUUAUUAUCAUUGUGUUGUGUUGGUUUAAAAUCAGUACGGAUAGAAACGGAUGUGCAAAAGCUAUGGGUAGAAGAGGGUGGACGACUGGAAAAAGAACUGACCUACACCAAAGAGGCAAUUGGAGCGGGAAGUGAUAUAACCAAUCAAAUUGUGAUACAGACACCGAAGGUUGGAAACAAUGUACUCACGCAAGAAUCCUUUAAACAACACAGAGAUGCCCUUGUUAAGGCGUCUGAAAUCACCGUUACCAUGUUUGAUCUCCAAUGGAAAUUCCAUGACUUAUGUUAUCUGGCACAGUUUCCCAUGUUUGAAGAUGACUUGAUUGAUAAGACUUUAGAACAGAUAUUACCAUGUGUUGUUAUGUCCCCACUAGACUGUUUCUGGGAGGGUGCACAAGUUCUUGGACCACAAAAUUUCCAUUUGAGUGGCUUUGUACAACUGAGAUGGAUAAAUUUGAACCCGCUAGAUCUUGUACAGAAGAUGAAAGAAUCAUUUGCCGAUGGUGAUAUGAUGGAAGACGUCCUAUUGGAGUCUGGGAUAUCCUCAGGCUACCAAGAAAAACCAUGCAUUGACCCCACACAUCCCGAUUGUCCUGACACGGCACCAAACAAAGCUUCACAAGAGGUGCCAGAUUUUGGGGCAGAGCUAACAGAUGGUUGCUAUGGUUUUGCAACGAAAUACAUGCACUGGGAUGAAGAUCUGAUAGUGGGUGGGGUAAGGAAGAAUCAAACUGGUCAUAUAGUAAGAGCAGAGGCGCUGCAAUCAGUCUUCUUGCUGAUGGGAGAAAGUCAGAUGUAUGAAUACUGGAAAAAAGACCACAAGACCACGGGUAUUGACUGGACUCAGGAAAGAGCUAGAAUGGUGCUGGAAGCAUGGCAUAGAAAAUUCACUGAUACGAUGAAUGGUUUUAACAAUGACACAAUGCCAGACAACAUGUACGGCUUCUCUAUGACAUCAUUGAUGGAUAUUAUGAAGGAAUUUUCCAGUAUCAGUAUUCCUCGGGUCGCCAUUGGUUACGUUCUCAUGUUGUUCUAUGCCUGUAUAACCUUGCUUCGCUGGAACAAUGUGAUUCAGUCACAAAGUGGUAUUGGUAUUGCCGGUGUUCUGCUUGUGGCCCUGGCGGUCGCUGCCGGUCUCGGAAUAUGUUCAAUCCUUGGAAUUACAUUCAACGCCUCAACCACACAGAUUAUACCGUUUUUAGCAUUGGGUCUCGGUGUAAACGACAUGUUCCUAAUAACACAUACAUAUGCUGAGAAUGCGCUUAACGACAAUAUACCAUUUAAGGAGCAGACGGCAGAGUGCCUUAAAAGGACAGGAACGACAGUGUUACUUACAUCAGUUAGUAAUAUGUUGGCCUUCUUUAGUGCUGUCAUCAUCCCUAUUCCAGCUCUUCGUGUCUUCUGUAUUCAGGCUGGUAUUCUGAUACUAUUCAACUUGGUUGCGGUACUUUUGAUUUAUCCGGCUAUCUGCAGCCUUGACCUUAAACGUAAGAAGAACAAAAGGGUUGAUGUCUUCUGCUGUUUUGAGAGUUAUGGGGAUACCACAACAGUUAUUGAACUACAGCCACAUAUUAAUGUGCAUGAUCCGACUGAUCGAGAGUUGUCCCCACCUCCUGGUUACAGCCCACCCUCUUAUCAUCCACCUCCAUACAGCGACCUUCUGGCACGAGACAUGAUCACCCAAUCUUCUUCCGAUGGUGGUCAUGCACAAACAGUUCUAGCGCCGAAUGAAGGACAAUUUGUCACAAGAUGUGGUUCACCUAUACCAUUUUCAAAUUAUGACACUGCUAAUAAUAAUUCUCGUCAAUGUUUAACCGAUGGUGAUACGGUGACGUGUAAAGAACGUUUCGCAAAAUUGCAAAAGGAAUGUCUUACAACGUCAUUGACUGCUCUGGCAGUAACUAAAUACGCACCAUUUCUACAAAAGACUCCAGUUAAAGUGUUCACUAGUAUUUUCUUUAUUGUUAUACUGAUUAUCGGAAUCUGGGGUACAGCCCAGGUGAAGGACGGUCUGGAUUUGACCGACGUAGUGCCGCGGGACACAUAUGAAUAUAGUUUCUUAGAAAACCAAUCAAAAUAUUUUGGAUUUUAUAGUAUAUAUCUAGUGACUAAAGAAACUGAUUAUCCAAAUAACCAAAGACUAUUGCGAGAGUAUCAUCGGAGCUUUCAAAAUGUGGAUAAAAUAUUGAAAGAGAAAGAUGGCUCUUUGCCAACAUUUUGGCUCGACACUUUCAGGGAUUGGCUUGUUCGGUUACAAGUCGCAUUUGAUAGAGACUAUGCAAAUGGCACAUUUCAUAAACACGGGUGGUAUUUAAACGCAUCUGAUGAUGCUAUAUUAGCGUACAAACUUCUCUCGCAGACGGGAAACCCUGAUAAUUCAGUCGAUGAAACACAAAUAACUAAAAUCCGUCUGGUCAAUGCGGAGGGCAUUAUUUAUCCACCGGCAUUUUAUAAUUACCUCACAGUCUGGAUAUCAAAUGACGGGCUGGCGUAUUCAUACUCGAUGGGAGAGAUCCGGCCGGAAACUCAGUCCUGGCCUCACGAUCCCUAUGAUAAGGAUAUGAAAAUUCCAAAAGCAAAAACCAUCAUAUAUGCCCAGGUGCCAUUUUAUUUGUCGAGACUGUCGGACACAGAGGAGAUUCUCGACAUAGUUCUACAGAUUCGUUCAAUAUGUGACGACUUUUCGUCACGUGGACUCCCAAAUUACCCUAGUGGUAUUCCAUUUACAUUCUGGGAGCAGUAUAUAAAGUUACGAUUCUACCUCAUGUGGUCACUUUUGUGUAUUCUGCUGGUGACGUUCACAGUUUUAGCGGUGGUUCUUGUCAACCCAUGGUUAGCUGCAAUCAUUGUUGUUAUUGUUUCGCUGAUCCUAGUGGAACUGUUCGGAUUUAUGGGUAUUUUAGGUCUCAAACUCAGUGCGAUACCUGCGGUUAUUCUGAUCAUCAGCGUUGGAAUAGGUGUCGAAUUUACAGUCCAUGUUUCUGUGGGUUUCCUGUCAUCCAUUGGAACAAGGAAUGACCGGAUGCUAAUGGCACUAGAGCAUACUUUUGCUCCGGUUGUACAUGGUGCAAUCUCAACGUUCCUUGGGAUUAUAAUGCUGGCUGGGGCCGAGUUUGAUUUUAUUGUCAGGUAUUUUUUCCUUGUGCUGACUGGGCUAGUUUUGAUUGGUUUGUUGAAUGGACUGGUUCUUCUGCCAGUUAUAUUGUCUGUGUUUGGACCACCAUCUGAGGUUCGACCUAAAGAAAAUGAUGAUAGAAUUCCUACUCCAUCACCGGAACCCUCUCCUCGGGCUAGAAUAAGAAAUUUGCCAGUUCGGGCAACAAAGAGCAGUAAGCGAAUAAAAUAUCCGAGGAGGAUUCCUUCAGAUAUAUCUCUAACAACAAUUUCCGAGGAACCAUCACAGUAUUCUUCCACGGAAAUUGUUGUUCAGCCGGAGGUGGUUGUAGAGACAUCGCUACAGCAACCAAGAGAUGGUAAUGAUCAACAGCAGACGACACAAUAUACUGCAGACGACACUAGUAGUACUAGAAGUAGUAGUAAAAUUAAUUCACCACCAGGGUCGGUAAUAUCGGCACCGACCACACAUGUAACACGGGUAAAAGCAACAGCAACUGUCAAGGUUGAAGUUCACACACCUUUACCAGGUACAGUUCCAGAGUUACAAGAUUAUAAACGCCGGCGACGGAAGGACGAAUAUGAAAGCAGUAACUCAGAUUCUGAUUCCAGUUCCUAACAUUUGAUGGUCUGGGACUACUUGGUGCUAUAAAUAGCAUGCCUGCAAUAUUACUUGUACAGAAAGCAUUAUAAUUUAUAUGUGAAUAUUUCUGUCACCUAUCAGUAUUUAUAUGUGAUUAUCAUUAGAGAGCCAAGGACUCUUCUUAACUCAUUUCAAGUCUGUGCAGGGAUAUUGUCAUUCUUUUGAUGCGGAUUUUUCUACAUGGAGACGUUAUUUUUUGAAGCAGACGACAUGGUGCAAUUUUGCAGUAGAAGACAUUUGAAGUUGAAGAUCUUAUUUUUUACAAAUACUCAAAGAGGACUUUAAAAAACUGUAACUAUAUUUGGAGCAGAAGACAUAAAUUGACUGAAUGAUGAAGAUCAGAAAAAGGGGAACAACUCUAAGUGUUCUAUAAAUAGAUUUUGUGAAUUAUGAUUCUUCAUAUUCUUUUACACAAGUGAUUAACAAGUGCCUAUAUGAAGUUAAAAGUGCCAAUAAGCAUAAAGUGCAUAUUACUUUACAACGAAACACAAAAGUGUGAUAAAAUAAAAAGUGUCAAAACAAUGAACAUAAAAAUGUGCUUCCAGCGAACAAAAUGAUGAUGAAGACGAAUCGCAUUUGAGAUUGACAAUGUUUCUAUGCAGGCUGUUUCAUUGUGAUAUUCUUUUUUUAAUUUUACUUCCGUGUGGACUUAUUUGUCAAAACAGAUCAGUGUAUACUGUAAACAAUUGUUUUUGAUUGGUCAGUACGGAGGCAGCUAUCGUAUUGAAAUUAACACAAAUCAGGGCUAUAUAGACCCCGUUUACAUGUGACGUGAAUAGUGAAAUGAUUGUAAUGUAAACGGGCUCUGACAUUAAAUUGAGAAGAUAGACACGUUUUUGUGUGGUGUACACGUGUAUUUAAAUUGUGUAAUGGUACCUCAGCAUGAAGUUAUGUGACACUAUGUCGAGUUAUAUUCAUCGUGUAAUUUAUUAUAGAAUAUCAAGAAAACAGUACAUAUAUAUGAAUUAUUUACAGUUUGUGAAUAGUACUGGCAAAGCAGUGAGUUGUGAAUUCAGUAUUUUUUCUUCAUUAUUUCUUUGUUUAUAAACAAAAAAACAAAAACUUUUUUCAAAACUAUUGUUAAUUGCAGUUUUUACAUAAGGUAUUUUUGUGAGGAAACAUUCAAACUAAUUUUCUGAACUGAGAUAAAUUAUUUCGAAAUUAGUUAUUUUCAAAUCAAGGGAGAUCUUAAAAUGGAAAUGAUUUUCGUAAUUAUUUACUACGUAAUUAUUCUUAAUAAAUGUGUAUUCUUUAUUCAAGAGAAUAAGAAUACAUAUGAAAUAAUACUCUUAAAAGUCAUACAAAAAUUUUCUGGGUUUUUUUUGUAAAAAAUACAAAAUUGUGUAAUUUUUAUACAUAUUUUCUUUUGACUUUAAAACAGCUGCAAUGAAUUUUAUUUUUAUGUGACCAUUUUUCUGUGAAAUCAGGGUCACAUGAAUACGUGUACGGGUAAUUCAAAUGUGUAAUUAUAUUCAUAUGUAUAUUGACAUUUUUUUCAUGACAUAAAUUUUGUAUAUGAUGUAUUGAAAAAUAAAUUGUACAUGUAUUUAACGCCAAAUAAUUCAGGUUUUAAGUAUUUUUUAAUAUCAUUUUGGUCGGAACAAUUUUUUUGUAUAGGAGUAAUAGGGAGGUAGUCCUGUUUUAACAAGACAUUAAUUAUCUCAAUGCAACGAAUUUGUUAACUAUGAAAAUAUCCCACCCACCUGGAUUUUUCAAGUUUGUUCAGUCAAGUGCUAUAAAUGCAUGUUUUGAAUUAAUUUUAGUUGAUAUAUAUUUUCUAAAAUAUGGAUCGCCAUAUACACAGAUGUUUUAAUUAUGUGUAUGAAUUUAUUAAGAAAUGAUUUGAAAAUCCAGUAUAAUUUAUUUAAUGUUUCAAUGUGCCAGUAAAACUUAUAUUUGAUUAAUAUUACAAAUGAAAUCUUUAAUAAAAAAAACUUUGCAUAUAUCUAUUUUAAAUACUGUAAUUCCUAAUAAAUUCUGUAUUUAAUGUUAAUUUUUUUUUCUAUUUCUGGUAUUUUCUGUCAAUAAGAAGGCUGAGUUUCAAACAAAAAUACAUGCAGUGAUUUUUUUCCAAAUGCUUUUAUCUUCACAACUUUUUAUAUGGAUACUUUAUAAAAGGAUUUACUUGGUGCAUAUCUUUCAUUUUUGUCUUCCAUUUUUUAAACUGGUUCUUUUUUAAGUGCCUUUAGAUUCAAUAAUAUGUUUUAUCAAUAUUUUAUAGAAGGUGCUUUCUGCUUCAGUAUGUGGGCAAGUGCAUUUAUUCAUAUUGAGGGAGUGCCUCUGUUUUAAAGAAGAUAUAAUUAUGAUAAGCCUGUACUUAAAUACUCGUUAAAACUUGUUUUUUUAAAUGGCGAAUUAUUCAGUAUAUAUGUCAGUAUUUUGCACUAGAGAUGUACAUAUUUGUUUAAUAGUAUGCAAUUUUUGACAAAAUUAUAUAUAAAGCAAUAUUUUGUAACACUGAUUUUCAUUAAUUGAAAAUUAUAUUAUUUUUUUUCCAAAAUUUACAUUGCUCUUUAUUUAAAUUUCCAUACCUUAAGAUAAAACGAGCUGUGAGUGAAAAUUUUGUAUUAAACCUGUGGGGAAACUCAAGGGAUUUAGCCUUUGCCUCCAGUGCAGAGCCAGGCAAGUAUUCACAACCACACAAUAUAACCAGGCUCUACAGUGUUGGUAGCUUUGAUACUGAAAAGGAUGGUUUCAAAUUCAAAGACUGGCAAAUCUACUAUACAUCAAUUCAGCAGAUAAAGCUCUAACAUUACUCUGUAAUGUUUUCCAAGUUGUUUUUGGAGUUUAUAUUCUGGUCAAAACAAAGUUUGUAAUCCAGUCUGCUUAUUCUGCUUUACCAUUGGUCAAUUUCAAAUUCAUUAUCUUAUUUAGCCAAUCAUAUGUCGAGGGGCUAAGACUGGUCUCCUGAAUUGAUUAUUAUUUUAAUAGGGAUAUGGAAAUUUAAAUGCAAAGUAAUAUCUACUGAUACAGGGUGUUAGUUUUUGCCAAAGAUUCUAUGUAAAUUAUGCAAACUAAUUAUCUCAGGUAAAAUUUUCACUUUUCUCUUCUUUUUUUUGUAAAUUUUAGAUUUUUUAUGCAGUUUAAUUAUCAUUGAACUUCCAUUUUAAAUCUGUUCAUUACCUCAGGCACUAUAAGAUUAUUUUAGAUUUGUUGGUCUCUUAAAUUACAAAACAUGAUCAACCUUUGGUUUUGAUAUCACUUAAGUUGAUAACAAGUUAUGAUUAAAUGAAAUAUUUUUUUGUAUGUUAUUAAAUUCAUUUUUUGAUACAAUGUCAUCUGUACAUAAAAAAAUCCAACAAAUUUAAAGUGAUUUUAUGGUAACCAUUUAUCAAUUACUGCUUAUAUUAAAGACAAGCAUUAAGGUAAAAAAAUGUUAAAAAAUCUUUUUAUAUACAUGUAAUUACGUUAUUUGUUGAAAAUCUUUCUUUUUUUAUUAACAACAUUUUUUCUCCAAAUUUGUUUCAAUACCAGCAUGGAUAAGAAUUAUUAUUGAAGACUGUAGAUACUUAAAUUUAUUUUUUAGAUCUUCGUUCAAUGAUUAUUGUAAGAAUUUAAAGAUUCUGAGAAAUUUUGAUGUCUGUCAUUUUUUAAGUAUACACUCUUACCUCAUUUGGUAGAUGAACUUGUAUAUAACAAGGUUUUUGAUUGGCUGAUUCUUUUGAAUAUUUUUAGUUACAAUAUUUUUGAUUGGUUCAUUUUAAGCAAUUUAUGAUUGGUCAAAAAAAACCUUUGCAGUAAAUGAAUGAUGAUUAAAACAAGAUGAACAUAGAUAGUUUUAGCCAAUCAAAUUCCUCGUUGUAAUUGUGUUAUUGAAGUGAAAAAUAAGGACGUUUUUAUUGGUUGUACAAUGAAUCAUUCUUCAAAUUUAGGCACAAAUGUGAUUAAGUUACCUAUUAAAGAUGAUUUUUGUAAGUCUUCAACAAGUGGGUUUUUAUUGUAGUUUCUUUGUUUUUGCAAUACAAAAUGUAAAUACAUACAAUAAACUUGAUGUCAAAUUUAUCAAGUUAAAAAAGAAGAUAUUUUGAAGAAUAAAUAUCAGUCUUUAAUUUGAAGAAUGGUCUCAUUGUGCCCAUUUUUGCCUGUGAUUUUCCUGUUGUGUAUUUAAUACUCACAUUUUUGUAUUGUACAGUAUGCAGUCCUGUCACAUGAUGUGAUUUUAGGACAUGCCCAGAAUUGGGCAUUAAUAUUUCAAAACUAUAAAAAUAUGAAAAUUAAAAAAGUCUUAAAAAUA